UCUCGCCCUUUAAAAUGUAUUCAUUGCACCUGACUCGAACAUAAACCCUAGCUCUAUAAGAGGAUCGCCGUCUCUGCCGCUCCUCGACGCCGUCUCUACUGCAAAGCCGAGAGGAAAUGGCCCCAAAAAGAGGUGAGAAGGUGUCUGUUCCUGCGAAGAAGAAACAUGAGAAGGUUGUGAAUCCUCUGUUUGAGAAGCGUCCGAAACAGUUUGGAAUCGGAGGAGCAAUACCACCGAAGAAGGAUCUGAAAAGGUUCGUGAAAUGGCCGAAGGUUGUCAGGAUCCAGAGGCAGAAAAGGAUACUGAAGCAGCGGUUGAAGGUUCCUCCGGCUCUGAACCAGUUCACGCGGACUUUGGAUAGCAACCUCGCGAGAAAUCUUUUUAAAUUGCUUUUGAAGUACAGGCCUGAAGAUCGAGCUGCAAAGAAGGAAAGGCUUCUUAUGAGGGCACAAGCUGAGGCAGAGGGAAAGACUGUUGAGUCGAAGAAACCAAUUGUCGUGAAGUAUGGGCUCAAUCAUGUCACUUACCUUAUCGAACAGAACAAGGCCCAGUUGGUUGUGAUCGCGCAUGAUGUGGACCCAAUUGAGCUUGUUGUUUGGUUGCCUGCCUUGUGCAGGAAGAUGGAAAUUCCCUACUGUAUUAUCAAAGGGAAAUCCCGUCUUGGAGCGAUCGUCCAUAAGAAAACUGCAUCAGUUUUGUGUCUGACUACUGUUAAGAACGAAGACAAAUUGGAAUUUAGUAAAAUCCUUGAAGCUAUCAAGGCCAACUUCAACGACAAAUUUGAUGAGAUCAGGAGGAAGUGGGGUGGUGGAGUCAUGGGCUCCAAAUCCCAGGCUAAAGCAAAGGCCAAAGAGAAGCUGCUAGCAAAGGAAGCUGUUCAGAGAAUGACCUAGUCUUCUUGACUAUCUGGUGUUACCCUAGAUGGAUGCUGCCUCGACUAUCUGGUGUUACCCUAGACAUCAAGUCGUAGGCUGUUUCUUAAUUCUGUAGUUGGAGUGAGGAAUCAUGGAAUUCUAUUGGUACGUGGAGUUCAGUUUCUUGGAACUUUGGUGCUUGCUUAUCUGAUAACUAAGUCUCUUUCCUUGUAUUCUAUUGAAAUGCAUACUCUGGUUAAUUUGAAGUGGCUGACUUGUCCAUCUUUGUGGUA